AUGUCCCGUGCAAUUCAUUUCAUUGCCAAAAAUGUUCCAGGGCAUGGGCCUUCUGAAGGCGCUGGUCUCCCUUAUCGUGGUUCCAACAAAAACUCCGCCAAGAUCAAGCAUUUGCGGUGCACUGUCAGGAAUACCUCUCCUGUAUGUUGUGCAAGUUCUGGCGAUCAUAGGAGGGAUCCUGAUUUCUCAAGGCAAAAGAAGCAUGGAUUUUCCCGAAACAGGAACAGGCAAAAUGAAGACCGAGAGGGUUGUGACAGCCUUGAAGAAUCUGAGAUGUUUUCUUCCAAGAAUGGGCCUCUGCUUACUACCUCUGGCAUCCCCAGAUUCCAGGCCACUGCAAUUCCUGGUCCUAGGGAAAAGGAAAUACGUGAAGCACGAGAAGCGAGAAGUGAUGCUCCAGUUAUGUCUCGACCAAGGUCAAACUUCCAGCGUAGAUCACCAGUUCAUCUAGUGAAAACUGAGCCUGUAUUUUCUGAUGAAGAUGCUAUGAGUUCUGUCCCACGGGACAACUCUGUUCAGGAAGGGAAGAAGAAAAGUUUGGAGCCUGAAUUUGGGGUUGGACUUGACACUGAAUCUGAUACUGAAGCCACUUUCUCAGAUGGUGACGAAUUCGACGAGAUGUCUGAGGAUGAAAUUUCAGGAAUUUAUGACGAUGAUAAUGAGAAUGUACAAGAACUGGAUGCCGAUGAAUACUAA